CUUAAGUCAUCAUAAGUUUUAUUGCAUUCAACGCAAAUAGUUGUGUGGUAAAACAAUCACGUCCAAUACAUUCAUCACAAAACGGCAGUAUCGUCUACCAAAUACUAAAUACAAACAAGAAACAACUAAAAGGAUUUAUAAAGUUUUCUGUAAACGGAAUAUUGACUACGUUUAUCAGUUUUAUUACCUGAGUGCGCGUGUUUAAGUGAAAAUAAUUUCAAACUUUUAUAUAAAAAAAGUGUUGAUAACCGAAGAAGUUUUUAAAACGUUUAUUAAACUCAUUUACAAAUUAACAAGUUUCACUAAGAAUAUGAAGUGGUUUAUUGCCUGUUUGUGUUUGAGUGUGCUGGCUGGCAACAUUGUUAGAGCUUCAUAUCCGGCUCUGCAUGCACUGCAUUUUGCACAACAGAAAGCUGCUUUGGGUCAACAAGACCAGCAGCAUUCCUCGUCACUGGAACAACAAGCCUCGGACUCAUCGGAAUUGGGAAAUGAAUUGGGAUCCUCUGUUACCUCAUCGGAAGAUUAUGAUGCUCAUCCUCAGUAUAGUUUUGCUUAUGAUGUCAGAGAUUCGUUGACCGGCGAUGACAAGCAACAAGAAGAAAAACGUGAUGGCGAUGUGGUACAAGGACAGUAUUCACUUAUUGAACCCGAUGGCACCCGCAGAGUUGUGGAAUAUACAGCCGAUGAUAUCAAUGGCUUUAAUGCAGUAGUUUCCAAACAAAUGUUAGAUGAACAACAACGCCUACGUGCAUCCGCUGCUGCUGGUACAUCAUCUUCAUCACGUUACAAUAGCAUUGAAGUAUUGCAAUCUCAACUGCAAGCUCAUGCUAUUGCUGAAGCUCAAGCUCAGAGUGCUGCAUAUGCUGAAGCUCAAGCCUUGGCCGAGGCUCAGGUAAGAGCUGAGGCAAUGGCUCAAUCACAACAAAACUCUCAGGCAGAACAACAGGCUAGAGCUCAAGCAGAAACUCAAGCACGUUCUCAAGCUCAGCAUUUGAUGGAACAAUUCGAACAGCAAUAUAAGCAACAACAGCAGCAACAGUUGCAGCAACAGCAAUUGCAACAGCAACAAUUGCAAUUGCAAGCUCAACAACAACUACAACGUGCCCAACAGCAACAACAACAGCAAUUAUUGCGCACCCAAUUGCAACAAUCCCAAGAACGUUUGACCAAUGAACAAGCCUUAUUACUCUCCCAAACUCUCCCCAACCAAGCUUUAGGCCACAGUGUACACGCCACUGUUGUUUCACACCCUCCCACUCUUUUGUCACGCACUCCCAGUGGCUCUGUAUUUGCUCAAGCCCGCGAUAUUUCAGCUCUUAAGGACAUACGUGACAAUACAGCUCGUCUUACAAUUGAACGUACUGCACAGCCUCAGAUAGUUAUUACUCAACCUGCCAGUGCCACAGUUCAAGCUUCAGUCAUACAUUCUCCCUUGUCGUUAUUAGACACAACUAGUACAACCAACGCUUUAAAUGGAAAUGGUUUAAGAGGCAGUUCUUUGAUCUCCACUAGAAUUACCAGCAAUGGACGCACAACUGGCAAUGGCAAUUUGCUAUUAAACGGCAACGGCAGACGGACCAGUGAACAAUUGUUGGAAGAAUUGGACAGCAACGAAUUGCAAAAUUCUUUAGGUCGUCAUUCAACAGCCACUAGUUCGGCCAGUAUUAGAAUCCUGAAUGGAAAUGGCAAUGGAGAGGAAAGCGCUCUUCGCAAUGGCAACGGAAAUGUUAAUGGUAACGGCAAUGGUAAUGGUAACGGCAAUGGAAGCGGCAAUGGCAACGGUCUCAGUCAUGCAAGCAAUGGCAACGGUAAUGGUAAUGGCCGCUAUAAUUUAGAUGAUAGUUUGGAAUUGCGUUUAAAUGGCCACAGCAGCAAUGGUUUAAGAAAUGCUCUUCGUCAGCAGCAAACCAGACGUUUACAAACUAUUUACACCAACGGCAAUAGUAAUGGCAAUGGCAACGGUAAUGGUAACGGCAAUGGCAACGGUAAUGGUAAAGCCUUAUGGUAAAUCAAACCCUUCAUUAUAUCGAAAAUUCCGUUUAAACAACAAACUAUUUAGGACGAAAACAGCAACAACGAUCACAAUUAGUUUAUAGAAAAUAACUAAAAACAAAACACUCAAGGCAUUAAUGACUUUAUCCAUAUCCGGCUAACUCUAACAGGACAACGCGAUUAUUGAUUUUCGGUUAUAUUUUUCUUAAUAUUAGGUUUUAGCUUUAAUUUUAAAACAAAUUAUUUUUGUGUUUUUUAUGCUUCUCACUUUUUUAUUAAUAUUUAACUAAUGAUUUAAGUUAUUUGUUACUAACAAGGGAUUUAGGGUUUUUUAUAUUUUUCAUAUUUCAUUCAUGUCAUUACACAGAUAAUAACAACCAACAUUUUUACUAAAAAACUUUCUUACAUAUUUCUUAAACUACUCACUCCAAAAUAAUUACGCUUUUAAUUGACAUUACAAGACCGAUUUCCAAUACCUUUCUAUUUUAUCCCUUCUGUUUUCCCAAUAACUCUCUAAGUUUUGUUUUCCCAAUAACUCUCUAUAUUUGUACUUUUAUCUAUCAUUUUUCAUUUAGUAUUUUCCAUUUAUCUUUCUUUAUUUAUGUUUUAAAAGCAAUAUUUCAUACAUGUUAUAUUUAGACUUUCUUGCAAUUUUUAAAUGAUAAAGGAAAAAAUAUAUUUCAUAGAGAAACAUACAAUCAAGUUUGAACCUCUAAAUAAUAAAAAAAUGAAGAAUUUUCAAUUAAAUUUACAUUCAAAAAUUGACACUCAAACCGUUAUAAAUACAUAACUAAAUGUAAUAAGCUUUGCCGUUCGCAAAUCAACCGACUGGUUGUCUGUUUCAAUAAAAAAGUUAUUUAUUUAAAACUACUUUCUACUUCUUACUAUCUAUACCUCAAUUGUCUAUAAACAAAUCAGGAAUAAACGAAAGAAAUAAUGCGUUUCCUGCUACUGCCACAGUUUGUAUACAAAGGCACGUUUAUAAAUUAAACAUUAUAUUUGUCAUGUUAAAUAUUUAAUACAUAUUUAUGAUUACAUCAAAGUUUUUCACUAACUAAUACUAACUAUCUGUUCUAUUUAUUUAUCUUAUCUUUACAUUCUUUUCAUACACACAUACAAUAACAAAGUAUUUUUCAUUUUUCCUACAUUUUAAAUGUGUAUUUACUAAUGCAUUUUUCCGUUAUGUUCUUAUGUAGUUUAUAUUCAUAAGCUAAGUUUAAAAAAAUGGCAUCCUAAAAAAAAACAUUAAAAAAAUAAAUAAAAUGUAUAUUUUUUGCAACACAAAUGCAAAAAUAAAAAACUUUAGAUUGUU